AUUAAUUCUCAUUGGAUCGCUAAACGAAAAAAGUGAGAAACCGUGAUUCCUAAUUUGCUAUCUUCCUCAAUUCCUUUUACCCACAAAAUUAAAUAAAAGAUCGUGAAUCUUGAGAUAUUUCUGCAAGUAGAAAACAGACAAAGCACCACCUUUUUUGCUUACCGAACCGCUUGUUUCCUUCCAAAUUAGUACAGCGCAACCACAACGAUAGCUCGGGAAAUUUAAAAAUAAAAAAUUUCCUAAAAAAACAAUCUUUGGCAAGAACUCACUUGAUUUCUGACUUAAAUUCAAGAAUCUGGGAAGAAGAGAUGAUACAUCCCAGAGGGCGGGCAGUGGUAGCGGUUGUAUUUGUUUUAGCUGGGAAGUGUUGAAUUCUGAAAUUGUGAGUGUAAAGGUGACCAGUUAACUCUGACUAUUGGAGCACUGCAAAUAGAGGAUUGCGGUUGCUUUUUCUUAAUCAAUGGCGGGUUCGAUGAUAAUCUUGGGAAAGAUACCGCUGCACACGCCUAGGCCAUCAAUCAGGUGCUCGUUCAGUUCUGAUCCACGAAAUUUGGAGUUUGUCUCAUCUCCUUCGAUACACUUGAGACGAGGCAUCAAGAAAAACAAGCUUCCCUUGAAGGAGGCUCUCUUUCGUGGCCAAUCACUCUGUUGCUAUAGGGACAAGACUGUUUCGUGUUCUAGCUCAGAUGAUCUGCAUCCGAGCAGUCAGGAAUCAGUCGAGGUGGAAAAAGGCGAAGGCUUUCAGCAAUGGGAUUCAAUGACAGCAAAGUUUGCUGGAGCUGCAAAUUUGCCAUUCUUGCUGUUGCAACUGCCUCAGAUCAUACUCAAUACGAGGAAUCUUCUGUCGGGGAACACUUCUGCACUUCUGGCUGUUCCAUGGCUGGGCAUGCUUACGGGAUUGCUUGGAAAUCUUUGCCUGGCCUCGUACUUUAUUAAGAAGAAGGAGACCGAAGCAGUUGUAGUGCAGAGCUUAGGAGUAAUAUCAACGUAUGUGGUAUUGUUGCAGCUGGCUAUGGGUAGAGCUAUGCCUCUCCCUCAUUUUGUUGCAACUUCCAUCGUGGUCGCUUCUGGUAUGACUUUAAACUUUCUGAAAUAUUUCGACUGGCUCCACCCCGAAAUCUGGCGCUUUUGGGAAGACUUUGUUACCGUAGCCGGGCUCUCCGUUCUCCCACAAGUCAUGUGGUCGACUUUCAUUCCUUAUGUGCCAAACACUAUCUUGCCGGGAACUAUCGCCUUCAUUACCUCUCUGGUUGCUGUAUUUAUGGGUCGCAUGGGCAAGCUCUCUGACAAAGGUGUCAAAAUUCUUGGAUCGAUAUCUGGGUGGACCGCUACUGUUCUUUUCAUGUGGAUGGCUGUUGCACAAAUGUGGACAAAUCUUCUGACUCCUGACAACAUAAAAGGUUUAUCAGCCAUUUCAAUGCUGCUGGCCGUGAUUGGCAACGGGCUUAUGAUUCCACGUGCACUGUUUGUUCGGGAUUUUAUGUGGUUUGUUGGAUCAGCAUGGGGAUCUGUCUUCUACGGAUGGGGAAAUCUUACGUGUUUAUACUGCUUCAAAUGUAUCAGCCCCGGAUUCUACAUAGCUUCAACUGUCUCCUUCCUCGCGUGGAUAGUGCUGACGUUUUCGAGGGAUUCACAAGCGCAUGGUCUCAGUUCACCCUUCACCUCGUUGAAGGAGCUCGUUUUUGGACCUUGAUCGUCCUUGCUGUGACAUCUAAUGGAGACUGUUGAUGAGAUGGUCAAAAACUUACGCGACAUUUAGAAGAAAGAGUAGAUACGCCAAAAUUGAAAGUACUGCUCCUCGACCGGGGGGGUGUUUCCAAUUCUUCAUUCUCCUCCUCGCCCCGUCUCUUCAAAACGAAGUUGUAGCAAAGACUGCUGAAAUUGGUGUAUGAUGUUAAGCCAAAUCGUUAAUUUCAAUUCUCUAGUGCAGUUUCGUGAUGCUAGUUCUUGUUUUUUCGAUUUUUAUGAUUAAACUGGAAAAUGUGGUUCAAGUGUAACGUAAUAAUUAUGUAGAUGUUCAUUUGUGUAUUAAAACCUCCUUUAUUUGUGGA